AUGGCUGCAGGGCUUGAGCUCGGUGCAAAGGGUUCAGGUUCGGGUUCGGGUUCAGCACCACAAACCGGGAUGAACCGCGGAGUUGCCGUGCUCGACUUCAUCCUUAGGCUCGUAGCUAUUGUAGCGACUCUAGCAAGCGCCAUUGCCAUGGCCACAACCGACGAGUCGCUUCCCUUUUUCACUCAGUUCAUCCGGUUCAGGGCCGAAUAUAACGACCUCCCGACAUUUACGUUUUUUGUGGUGUCGAAUGCUGUCGUGAGCGCCUACUUACUUCUCUCCCUGGCUCUGUCGAUCUUCCACAUCGUAAGGAGCGGCUCGCAAAACAGCCGAGUCGUGCUCAUUUUCUUUGACGCGGGAAUGCUGGCGCUUCUUACAGCCGGGGCCUCGGCUGCAGCCGCAAUCGUGUACCUAGCGCACAAGGGCAACGCGCGGACCAACUGGUUCGCGAUCUGCCAGCAGUACAACUCGUUCUGCGAACGGACUUCGGGCUCGUUGAUCGGGUCUUUUGGUGCGAUUAUCGUGCUCGUCUUGCUUAUUCUUAUGUCGGCCGUGACUCUGGCUCGCCAGCGUUGA